CCGGCCUCCCGUGGCCGCCGAGCCUGAUCGCGCGCCGGCCAGACCAUGUCGGUGAACAUGGAUGAGCUGCGGCACCAGGUCAUGAUCAACCAGUUCGUGCUGGCCGCGGGCUGUGCGGCCGACCAGGCGAAGCAGCUGCUGCAGGCGGCCCACUGGCAGUUCGAGACCGCCCUGAGCACGUUUUUCCAAGAAACCAACAUUCCCAACAGCCACCACCACCCGCAGAUGAUGUGCACCCCCAGCAACACACCAGCCACGCCGCCCAACUUCCCCGACGCCCUGGCCAUGUUCUCCAAGCUUCGCACCUCUGAGGGCCUACAGAGCAGCAACAGCCCCAUGACGGCCGUGGCCUGCUCUCCUCCUGCAAACUUCAGCCCCUUCUGGGCCUCAUCCCCACCCAGCCACCAGGCCACCUGGAUCCCACCCUCCUCCCCAACGGCCCACAGCUUCCACCACCUGCACCACCCACAGCCCACGUGGCCCCCCGGAGCACAGCAGGGGGGCCCCCAGCAGAAAGCCAUGGCUGCAGUGGACGGCCAGAGAUGAGACUGGACGCACCGCGCGCUGGGCUGGAGCUGGGGGCAGUCCGGGUCGUGGGGACACAGGCGGGCUGGGGGGCUGGGGCAGGUGGGGGUUUCCUGAAGAUCGCACUGGAAGAUUUUAUAAAGGAAUUUGGGGGGUGGGGGGAUAGUAAACUUCCUGAGCCACUUGGGUCCUUCAGGAGUUUCUCUUCAGGCAAGUUUUUCUGUUUUUAAUAUAUAACUGUAAUAUAUAAAUAUAUAAAUAUAAUGUAUGUGAAUGGGGCAGGCUGGCCUGGGGAAUUGGGGUCAGAAGAGCCCCCCCGCGCUCAGCAUCCCUUCCUCCGCCUGCCCCAGGCAGGUGCUGCGGAGCCGAGUGGUGUGAUGCUGCAGGCGCAAGGGGUCUGCGAGCUGCCACCUGUCCAAGGUCAUGCUUCUGCAACGGGGACGAAAAGGGCCACCACCACGCCAAGUGUCGGCUACAGGAGGGGCUCCUGGAGGUGCCUGGUGGCAAAGGUGUGGGCCUCUGCCAUCAUGAGACUUUGCCCCCCCUCCAGUUGGCAAGGGUCAGAGGCCCAGGUUCCGCCUCGCUCUUGGCUUUGUGUCCUGACAGCGGACGCCAGAGUGGAGCUUGCCUUUGGAUCUAGUUCCCAAAUCAAUCAUUUCACCAGGGUGAACUUUUAAUUUAAAAACUUAAAAAGAGACUUUUCUAACUUCCCUGGUUUGCGAUGCCUUUAUUUGCCUUGGAGAGAAAGCUCUGUGCUUGGGAAGGGGCAGUGGUUGGGGAUCAGAACGGGGCACCUGGCCAUGUAGCUGGCCUGUUCGGACAAGGUCUGGAUGUCAGGACCAGGAGGGUGAUGGACAGGUUGGUCCAGUUGAGUGAGGAGGGAGGAAGAGGAUGGGUCCUGACUUGGUUGCUUGCGACCCCCUCUCCCUCUUGACCUUUGCUGCGGGUCACAGCCAGGCUCAGCCCUGCAGCCACUGUCCUCAUCUAUAGUGGGGGUGGGGCGGGGCUGCCCCCACCUGCUGGCAGCCCCAGACCCCUUCCUACUGGGCCCAUCUCUGCUCUGCUGUUCCUGCCCUUGCCCCCUCCCUCUGCGAUAGCCUGUCCUUGUGGGCAUGCCGUGUGGCAGUGGUCCAGAGGCCAGCCAAGGCUGCCCAGAGACGGGGUGGGCUUCAGAGAGACCGAAUGUUCCCACCUUCCCACAGCCUCCAGGCGUCAGAACAGGCAGGAGGCAGCUCCUGGCCCAGCAGGGCCCUUGCUCGCCUCCUCCAGUGCAGGUGGGGCGCAUGGUGAGGAGCCUGUUCCCCGGGUGUCCGGGGCUGGCCCCGCAAUGGGACUGGGGGACCUGGAGCUUCAGGCCCAAAGUGAGGUGACCCUUGAGAAGGACCCUUGCUAGCAAGCGCAGCCACCUGUUCCAGGCCUCGGUCUCCUCAAGCCUGCUGCGGGACUGCCCCAGCCCCCUGCGUGCGACCCUGUCCUUUGAGGCUGGGUUUGUCCUUUCAGUUUUAUUUCCUGGUUGGAAACCCCUGAGGCUCCUCCCACCCUCGCCCCUAACCCUGCCCACCUGUGCUUUCCCAGGAUGGAAGGGACAGUCCCUGGGUGUGUGGGUACGUGUGUGGGUGGUCGUGCUGGGACGUGGGCACAGGCUGGUGAGGGCCAGUGGCGGGCCCAGGUGUGGGGCGGGUUGUCGCAUGGGGAAUGCCGAUCCUUGUCCCGCGGGUGUGAGGCAGGCCUGGGGGCAGAGGGCCGCCGGUCCCUGCAGCUGCUCCUCCCUGCCUCGCUGGUGAGGGGCUUCUGGACUUUCUCAGGGAGGGGAGAGAAACGAGGGCCCAGGCAGGAGAGAGGAGAGGCUGUGGCCAUGGCUCCUGCCUCCAGAGGCAAGGACACUGGGAUGGGCCCACGUGGGCCUGAGGUUGCCUCCUGCCAUCUGGCCUGAGUGUUCUGUCACCGCAUCAAGAUGAAUGGCAUCUUGGUAGAUGGGGAAAGAAGGGGGAAGCCCCUCUGCCAGGAACACCUGCCUUACCCAUGACACCCUAGCCACCCCACCCUCUGCCCACACGGGGUGGGGACAGGAGAGAAACUUCUCGGGGCUGCUUCCUGCCACACUUCUGUGUGGUUCUGUCACCCCAUCCCCUCACACCCCAAAGCAGGCCUCCUUUCCCAUGGGGGGGUGGGAGACAGAGACUGGGGGUGGGGGAUCCCCACCAUUGAGCAGGGAGCCAAUGAGAGCAGACCUGAGGCACAAAACUGCUUCAGUGACUUUAGAGUCCUCGAGGUGGCGGCAACCCUGGGGCUCCCGAAGGGACGGGGGCUGGUCCUUGCAGCUGCUGCACCUGCCUGAGCCCAGGCACACUCCUGUCCCUGUCCCCUCCAGCCCGCCAAGACGGUCAGCACGGGGGGCAGCAGCGAGCCCUCCUGCCUGCCGGGGACAAGCGGAGAAAAGCAGUUGGGGCUGCGUGGGCCGGAGGACAAGGCCCGGCCUCCAGGCAGCACUCUUCUCUGUUUCAGGGCUGGGAGGAGAAGGGGCCAGGGAAACAGCCCAGCCCGCAGCCCCGCGUCUGCAUCCUCCUGCCUCUGCAGGGUGGGCUGAAGAGGACCUCAAAGAGAACCUUCUCGGGGGCUGGGGGCGAGCCAGCGGCAGGAGAGCAGCGGGCAGCUGCCGCCUCGCCUUCGCUCCAAGCUCUGCUCCGUGAGUGGACGACCUCGGCCCCCGGGUGGGCUCCUCCUGCCCCUCCGCGGGAGGCAGGUCCAGGGGCAUCUCCAGGCCCGCGGCUGGCUCCCUGGCGCUGGGCAGGUGGGCCAAGGUUGUCUGGGAGAGGCGCCCCUCCGAGGAGACCGGUCUGUCUGUCCGCUGACGAGGAGGAGCUGCAAGACAGAAGGGCUGACACGGCUCUGCCUCGACUCCCAUGCCACCAGCGUGCCCAGAGCCCAGGGCAGGCGGAGCGGCCCGCCAGCCAGGCGCAGCAGACCGUGCUGGAGAGGGGCCCCCGGGGCUGGGGGUGCAGUCCUCUCGAGCUCCUAAGCAAGGCCCUUUAGCAUCCCCGAGUGAGAGAGAAAAGCCCUCCGUCGGGGCCAAGGGCCCGCCCCUUCGGUAAUGUUUCCUCACGAAUACAGGGCAAUAAUCACACUACGUGCAGGAAUCUUCCAGACCCCCUUCCUCUCCUGCUCCCGUGACGUCUCAAGUGCCCUUGGAGUAGUCAGUGGGAUGCCAAGGAGAAGGGAGCACAGUGCCCCCAGGAAAACAGUUCUGUGGCCAGGGCCGGAGACCCGUGGCUGCCCACCACUGACUCUGCUCCGGGGCCUCUCACCUGGGGCCGGGGGGCUGGGCUUUGAAUCCCAGCGCCGCCCCCCAGCUGUGUGCGCUGGGCAAGUGCCGCCCCUUCUGUGCCCGGGUUUCCCAGCGUUCAGUGAGGCUGACAGCGGCCCCUCCCGCUAAUGUUGGCGCGAGGACUAAAACGGUU